CGAAAGGGCAGAUGCCCUUACGCGGUUCGAGCUCCCAUUGGCGGGUACUUGGCGCUGAUCUGUCCGGAUCUACGUACUUCGCAGGAUCCAGCGGUGUGGUUCGUCGCGACGCGUUCUCGGGAUUACUAAACUCGCGAACUACAGGGACGAAUGAUCAGCCGCCCCACGUGGGGGGCAACAAGCCUUUCGGGUACGACGGUCUCCUCGUCGGUGGUCUCUGUUUGGUGAACUCUGUCUGGCAGCAACGGCAGCAGCGCCGUCAACAACAACAGCGACUACGACAGCAGCGCCAUCGGCAGCGCGGCCGCCAUCGCAGCGAGAAGAAGAGGCAGCAGCAGCAGCAGCUAUUACUUCGAGGAGAGAAAGAAGAAGAAAUGCCCGUAGGUCCGCGAACGGCGACGCGAUCAAAGAUGGAGGCCUCGUCCAGUUUGUAACACGGCGGCCAGGUCUCGUUUAAAUCGCACCACCAACGGAGCCUCUGAGCGCUCCUCGAGUCGGCUGCCUAAAAGUCGUCUUUUCUUGUUUCGUGCUACUUUUCUUCGCGAGACCCGCGAACUUGGAGGAUGGAGCUACGCGUUGGUAAUAAGUACCGGCUCGGACGGAAAAUCGGGAGCGGCUCCUUCGGCGACAUUUACCUAGGUACCAACAUCUCCACCGGCGAGGAAGUCGCCAUCAAGCUAGAAUGCGUAAAAACGCGGCAUCCGCAGUUACGCGCAGAAACAAAGUUCUACAGAAUUAUGCAAGGGGCUAUUGGUAUACCUACUAUAAAAUGGUGUGGCUCGGAAGGUGAUUACAAUGUAAUGGUGAUGGAGCUGCUUGGUCCAUCGCUGGAAGAUCUGUUUAAUUUCUGUUCAAGAAGAUUUUCUUUAAAGACAGUUUUGCUUCUCGCCGAUCAGUUGAUGAAUAGAACGGAUUAUGUUCAUAGUCGCAACUUUAUUCAUCGAGAUAUCAAACCAGACAAUUUUUUGAUGGGACUGGGAAGGAAGGGGAAUCUUGUGUACAUUAUAGACUUCGGGUUGGCUAAGAAAUAUCGCGAAUAUGGUAAUCACAGACACAUACCUUACCGAGAGAAUAAGAAUCUAACGGGAACAGCCAGAUACGCGAGCAUUAAUACACAUUUGGGAAUUGAGCAAUCACGGAGAGACGACCUUGAAUCCUUAGGGUACGUUCUUAUGUACUUCAACAGAGGUAGUUUGCCAUGGCAAGGCUUGAAAGCAGCGACCAAGAGGCAAAAGUACGAACGUAUCUCUGAAAAGAAAAUGUCCACGCCCGUCGAGGAACUGUGCAAAGAUUAUCCCGUAGAGUUCGCGACGUACCUAAAGUAUUGUCGAGGAUUACGUUUCGAGGAGAGGCCAGAUUACUCGUAUCUUCGACAACUCUUCCGGACGCUGUUCCACAGACAGGGCUUCAGUUACGACUACGUCUUCGAUUGGAACAUGUUGAAGUUCGGGAACAAGAGGCAGUCAACGUUGUCCUCGGCGCAACAGGUACCGAUGAACUCGCAGCAAACGAACGCAGCGCCGCCCACCGGAACCAAUAACGAUCAGGAACCUCGAUCAAGGCCCGCCUACAGGCGGCAGUAUCUGCCGAACGCGACCCCCAAUCUGAGAAGUUUGCAGCAUAAACGCGAGGCGAUAGACGCGCCUUGCGAUCAGGACAAUCAAGAUAAGAGUGAUUUCCAAGCGACGGGCGCGGGUUUCCAGCCGCGAAGGGUCAGUAUGAGGUUGCUAAGUAAGGAUGCAGCUGCUGCUGCGGGAGAAAUGCAGCCCAAGUCCAACGCCAAUGCGACGGCAAUGGCCCCGCCUUAGGUCAGGCUGACAGGCGUUCAGCGGAAGUGAACCAACAGCAGCAGCAAUAGCAGACUACUAAUGGUCGUGGUGGUCGGGCGAAGCAACGUCGUCAGCAGCGUCGACGGUGCGUCGUCGGUGUCGUCGAGUCGUGACCCUCUGGCGACGAGCUUUUGCGAACGAUAUCGCAACAGGCUCUGGGAUCGUCGCGAUCGCCAGGUUAUCGAUCCACGGGAAUCCUCGUGAACGACACGUCGCGCGCGAGUCCUCGAGGGAGAUCAAGAACGACUCGCGAUCGCAACAGUUGGGACGAUCCAGGCGCCCAGACCGAUUUUAACAAACGAUCGUAACCACACACACGAGUGAUUGUACCAAUGUCAGCGUGAACCACGAUCGCCAACGAACUCGAAACUUAUCAUCAUCCUGGCGAUCGGUUCAUACACACACACACACACACACAUGGAGAGGUCCGUAAUCGCGAUUGUACAGUACGCGAUCUUCGAUGAUGGCAACUGCAGUAGCCACGAUCGAGCGCGAAUCUUUCCGCGUCCCCCCGUUCAGCCUAUUUUUCAUUAUCGACGUUCGAGGAUUCGUAUAAAUAUGUAUAGCAUAACGACGUUUAUAGCACGUGGAACAAACAUAAUGACUUGUACUUGUAUCGAGUUGUCCGUUGCACAUCAGGAGUUAGGUUUUUUUUUUAUUUUUCUUGUUACGGAACUUUCAUGUUCGCGAAGAAACGUGUUUUUUUUUUUUUUUUUUUUAAAUAAUUAUUUAGUGUUUUAAGGGUUACCGUAGGGCGUCUCUGUAUUUUUAAGCGAGACACUUUUGUUAUCUUCACUGGCGUGAAAAGUAGCGAAAAGGAUUUAUCCGUAGGUUGUUUUUUUGUCUUUUUAACGGAGGACUUCCUCGCGACGCGAUUUGCAAAUGGUGGUUUUUAGCUGCUCGUUUCCGUUCAGAGUCACUGUGUUUGUUCCAACGAGUAAACUAAAUCGGAACCGUAGUUUUCGUGGUAAGCGAGCGCAAGAUAUACUCGGUGGGCAAACUUGAAAGCGACGUUGGUCUUAUAAAAAGAAUUUUAUAUCAUUGUAUUUUUAUGGAAGUAUCGUCGAUGGAUCAUCGAGGGUUUUCAGAUUAAAAUCGAACCGGACGCGACGUGGUUUGGAACAUAUUUACUUAUUUCGUAAGUAAAAGAUCAGACUAUGUACUUAUUAAACAAGUAUGCAAGUAUAAUCCAAGUUAUGUCGUUUUGGUCUUGUUUUAACGGAUGUUCGCUGUAAUUACGGCUUUGUUUGACCUCAUUUUGAUGAGAAAACCUUCGCCGAUGCAUCGAUGGUAUUCUCACGAGGAUCCAAUGAGAAUUUGCAAGAAUAUCUGCAACGUCGCUUUGAAAUUCGACGAACCGUAGUAUAUACAUGUAAUAUAAAGUAUAAUAUUGAUAUAACUUGCUUAAAAAAAAAAAAAAGUACACGAAAAACAAGAUUCUACUAAUUCUGUGAUCAAGAAACACCAACAUUGCACGACCUUAAAAGAGCCCGCUUUUAAUGUCUACACCCAACCAUUUCAGUCAUUGUGACGUAUUUUUUUAUGUCUUUUUGUCCAUUUCUACUAAUCAUAGACACGUUUUCGAAGUCUAUAAUAAUAAUAAUCGAGGAACGUGCCCUAGUUAACGAAUCAACUAUCGCGUCAAUUUCCCAUGCCCAGACCUGGAACAAAUACAACACAAUUGCGUUUUUAUUAAUCAAUUAACGUGCUCAAAAACUAAAAUGCCUUAAAACUUUGUAACAAAUUACAAAUCUUUGUAUCGUCGAGACAAUUUUAUUAUUUGAAAUGCGAUAGACGCGUUGUUUUUUUUUUAUUUUUAUUUUAAAUAAAAUUUGUCCAGGUCUGUGCAUGUUCCGGGGAGGUCUUCGUCAUACGUUUAAAUUACUGUGUGUGAUAUAAUAAUAUUCAACAAUUCAAUGGUUAUACUCAUUAUUUUGUAGUAUUCCUAAUGGCAGUAAUAUUAUCAUAAAAUUUACAAAUAUUAAGACUCGUCGUAAGCGUUUUAAUGGUACGAAAGUUAGAAGCUUCCGUCAAGCAUGUUCGUUAACCAUCUUCGGAUAAACUUAGAGUAGAUAUCGCCUUAGUUUAUAUAUUUUUUUUCGAAACGCGGAGCAUAUUUCAUUGAUAAAUUUAUUGAUGUGAUCGCGUAUUUAUGGCUGUCGCGUGUUAUUCUUUCCGUCUACGAGAGUUUGUAUUCGAUGUUUCGAACGAAAUUACUUAAUCCUCUACUGCGUAAGUAUUAUUUUGUACGUCGGGAUGGAAAUUAUUUCACGGUGGUCUGUGCAUUCCUCCGGCACGAUGAAACGUGGACGCGCCAAUCAUCGAUCCGAGCGUACUGUACAAGUUCGCGUCCGCGCAUAAAUCCGAUCGUCGAUCGAUUCGUUCGUUUCGCGACCGAUUCGCGGUUUCUGCCGCUUACCACUUCUUUUUUUUUAUACGAUUAAACGAAUUUUCGAGGUGGAACGGCGCGAGUGACUCCCGGAACCUGGUCCUGUUCACGAAAGGAGAAAGCUCGCGCGAUUUUAUCGUUUUACUAACGCCGGUCGGAAUUAUUUCCCGGAGAAACGGAAGAAAGUUAGAUCCAGAUGUAUCGUAGAACGCGAUUGUGAAUGAAUUGAUCGCGCAAUGGCGGCCACGAGAAAGAGAAUGAUCGAUGAACAGCACCGCGAGCACCCGGGGACCUUCUGUUUAACGCGUUUGGCUCUGUUUAUUGUAGAACGCGAUACAAAGUUAUGGGGAAGGAUGAAUUGGACGAGAUUGUCGGCGAACUGCACCAAACUCUGUCUUCUCCGGUGCGUUAGAAAAGUCUCGAGCAACGAGUGAUCGUUUGGAAGAGUACGAAGUUCGAGUCUCUGCGAUUCAGGUGACGAACGAAACGAAAGAAACACUGAUUCUGUUUGUAUUCGUUCGAAAACGCGUGUACCGGUAUAAUUUGAGUAGAAUUGUUGCACGAUGCCUCGAAAGGUAACGUUUGACACUUAUUAAUGUUGAAAUACUGUGAUCCUUCAAGCCUUUUAUUGUUUCAGACUUGCUCGAACACGGAAUUUAACUGGAUGAGCAAAUCAAGUCGAAGGCGUUGGAAAAUUCUUUUGUUUGAAAGAUUAAGUAUGCUGCACGCGCCAGAAUCGAAUUCUCUUUCAACAACCAGUCACAGGAGUUUACUACUCCCUGGAAGUUGGUAGUAUCGUAGAGAGUUUUUAUAAUAUUCUAAGAAUCCAAUUGUUUGUCGGUUAAAAUUGGGAGUAUUUUUGGUAAUGUGAACAGAAAACGAUCGUUCCUGGUUUAUCUGGUUUUACGUACCGUGUUAGAUAGGUGUACGUAGACACCUGUGACUGGUCGAGAUCGUGUAUCGAUUUGUUUGCGAAUGAUCGAGGUCGAGGGACUUUUCUAGCGUGCUGUACUCGUCGUGUCCCUAUUUUUGUCCCGUGUGCUUGUGUUUCGUACAAAAUUUCGUGUUCCCCAGGGAGAACAAGGUGGAAGAGAGGGUACAAGACUACUCUCGGACUUUCCGUAACGGAGAAACGAAAGAUGCACGUUAAUUGUUCUGUAAUUCGUGGUACCACCGAAAAAGGACGCGAUCUUUUGUCCAGAAUGUAACGUGGAACACGCUUUUUCAUUUCUAUACUUUGUUUCAAGGAUUUGUCGAGCGUAACGCGACUUGUAAAUUAAAAACGAAGUGCACUUUCAAGUGACGAGUUUUGGGAGUUUAUUCCCACGAAAAUAGAAAGUAAAACGUUUUAUCCUCCAUUUUCUGCUCGCUUCUUCGGCCAUACCAUCGGUCACAUUGUGUAUUGGGUCGGGGAAUAAGUUCAUAGCGUUUUUAUCAAUGAAAAAAUACAGGCUUCGCAUUUUUCGGCAAAUGAAGAUGAUUGAGAAUCGUUUUAUGAUCGCAGUUCAUUUUUUCGGCCAAUUCGCGACUUGUUUGGGGACCGUUCUUCUUCAAAAGUGCUUUGAGACGAUCUUCGUUCGAAUUCAGAAGGUCCUCCAUUGCAAGGCGUGUCGUCGACGUCGAAAUCGCCAUUUUUUAACUUUGCAAACCAUUUCCGUGCUGUAGACUCGCCUAUGACACCUUUUCCGUAUGCUUCAGUAGCUUUUUAGCCUCGAUGAAAAGCAAAGAAGAGCAGGUGUCGAAAAUAUUGUUUUUUACCUUUAAUUAUUCCAUUUCUAAGCGUGAAAAGUAACAAAAAAUUAACUUACUCUCAAAGACGAUCAGCACAGUUUUGUAGAGCAGAAUACACUUUGUCAAACAGCGAAAAGUCGUUGCAAAACGAAAGAAAAUAUAAAAACGCUACGAACUUGUUCCCCAAAACCCAAUACAAUGUCCAUCCGAACGAACUCGACGGAAAUAAAGGUUUUCUUCCGCGUAACGAUUGCCUGAAAGUUGUAAAAAGAAGGAACAACCGUAAAGAAUGAGGGAGAGUCCGAGAGAGAAACGUAAAAAGACAGAAUUUCCGUGUAUCCGAACGAUUUUCGAUAAAAUUUUCGUUAAAAUGAACGUUGUCUACCUUCGUCACUCUUCGCGGACAAAUUUUCCACGUUGGUCGUUUUCUCUUCCCCCCCCCCUGUUCAUCUUUGUACCCUCCGCCUUAUCCCCGAAACAACGUCUUGUAUAAAUAUCGACGACGCGUUGCGUACAAAACAAAACAAACAAAAAAAAAAAAAAAACAAAAAACGAAGCGAGAAAAGAAAAAACGUGAUAAGAAACUUGGUUAUAUAUAAAUAUAUAUAUUAUACCGACACAUGUUUUUCUAUGUAUUUUUUUCAUAGGGUACUACUACCGCUACUAUUAUUACUAUUUACCAUUAACUAUUAACUAUUCACUACUACCAACUAUUACUACUACCAUUACUACCGCUGCUUCUACCGCUAAUUACACUAUUCACUAUGUUGUAACUUGUACGGAGAACGCGAAUCGAUCGCGACGAUCUACUCCCGCCGAGGAAACCGGAAGCGACGGGAUCCACGACCCGGUUUCCCUUCUGUAUCGCGAUCUUAGCGUUAUUCUCUUCUUGCUUACAUUUCGUUUUCCAUUCUUCUGCACUCAGAACCCCAUAUGGAACUCAAAUCUUAUAGAUCACGGAUAGAAUUAUUAACACGUUCACUGUUGGAGCCUCGAAAGAAUAGCUUCAACUCUAAAGUACCAUAUUAAUUUUAUUAUCCUUGUUAAUAUCACUCUGGAGUCCAGCGAAUCUCAUUGUUAUUUGCAAUUAUUUAACACGGAAACUUUCAAUUCGAAGCAACAGAUUUUUAUUGUAUAGUAUUUCGAGGAAAUUGUUGUACUCUAGGGUUGAAGAUGUUCGUCUGCAAACACUUGAAACUUGUACGUCGUUUAUCCCUGCUCCAAUUCUGAGCCAGAAAGCGAUAGAGCACGCUUUUGCUUCUAUAUCUACCGUUUGCGUCCACUAAUAAAAUAUAAAAUUGUUACGUUUUUUGUUCUGUCCUUGCGAAAACAUUUUUUACGGUUUGACGAUAACUUCUCCGUGGAAAUGACACUAAACAGAAUUCAGAAAUUAUUUUAAUUUUCUAAGAUGGAUGGUCCGUGUAAAAUCGUGUUUGGAUUUGUUUUCAUUUAUGACUAAAAUUUCUAGUUUCAUCCCGUACACGUGUGCUUUAUCGUUAUAGGGAUACUUCAUUAUAGUCAACGAUGGUACAUCAAGGGCUACCUUGGAUAUAGUGAACGUGUUAAGAAGAAAAACCGAUGGAUGUCAUAUCCAGUGAAAGAUAUUUUUCAUUCUAGAUCACAGAUGAUCACCGAUCAGAUUUUUGUUAUUAAUAUAAAAAAUGACGUACGAGCAAGAUCAGUCAAAAGUUAGAUUUGAUCGAUGCUUCGUCGAACUACCUCAAAUUCGAAAAUACGCGCGAUACCAUAAUUUGAUCGUAAGCGAUCAUUUCUGAAAUUCUGAAAUUUUGACGAGAAUUUCGAGUUCCGCGAGUCGUUCAUUUGAAAGAAACAAACACUGCCUGUCACGACUGAUAAAUGAACCGUUCUCGAUCCGAUCCGGCGCUUCCUUCUCGUAGAUCGUCGCGAUGUUAGCCGUGGUUCUCGCGAACGAACGAAAUCAUUCUCGUGGCGAUCGACGCCAGCGCAAAUCGAGGAGCAACCACACCUCCGUUUUGUUUCAUUUUUUUCAACGGUGCACAGUUUGCGCCAUUCGAAAUGCGUCCAAUUGUUUUUGUAACCGAAACCGGAUGUCUUUAUUUUCUGUCGCGUUUCCCCAUUGCGAAUCCCAGCUUCGCGCUCGCUUUUAUUACGCAUCGACUGCCAACGCGAUUUUAUUCAAAUCUCCCCUGUAUUUUGUACCUCGAUAUUUAGGACUCCGAAUGAUAGAAAUUUAAACACCGACCGCGUACGCGCUACACGCGGAUCCCUGUGUAAAUUUAAAUUCAAAUGUCAUUCGCGGAACGAACGAUAACGUGGCAGUCAAUGUGUCGUUUGUAAAAAUAAUGCUGACCGGAGCAGUGGGAGGUUUUCAGCAGAUAUUUCCCAAUCCGUGUAUCACCAUAGAUCAUUCUGAAAUUUUCCAAAUUUAUAUUUUCAAUGUAUCAAGAAAUUGGUAGAUUUGAAAAUAUUGUAAUAUAGUAAUCUGUUUUGUGAAGAAAUUGCUUUGUUAUUUCAAUACACCGAUCGAUCGUACGAAACUACCUGCUGACUCGAACUUGACGAAUUCCAAGAUGUCCGCCUUGUCGAGCGCGAAAAACUAACAGCCAAAGCGAUUGUAAACGCCGCUAGCGAGCUCGUUGGCGCAAACUGAGCCGAACAAAGCGAAAGACGCGAUCGCGAGGAAUCGAUCCCCCGGAUCGAAGUGAUAAAAAUUAAAAAUGCGGUCGUGCAUGCUUGAAUCGCUCGGCCUAAAGGAGCUUCUUCUUUUCCGUGAGACUGCGGGAACCUAUCGAGACACGAGACUUCUCUCGCGGAAUAGAACCGCGAGAAAAGGUGAAUUUUAGAGAGCAAUGGCCGUGGAACUCAUUAAAACGUCUUCGAAGACCUUUGACGACGGUUCCGGCAUCGAGGUACAUAUUUCAUUCGCGAUUAAUUGUAUUUUAAGUAUAUUAAUCGAUUAAAAUUGUAUCGAAGCGACCGUUUUGUACAUGUACGUGUAUAUAUACACAUACAUACACGUACAUGUACAACUACUAUGAUCCACUAAUGGAGAAAAAAAGAUUACUAUAACUGUAAAUGAGAUGCGUAAGCGUGGUAUGGAAGAAGAGCGUGUUCUCUUCGCGUGUACGUGUGUAUGUACGUGUGUACGUAUGUGUGAGCGUGUAUGAGUGUGAGAAAGAACGAGAGACAAUUAGGUAAACGAAAUAUCCGAGAAAAUAAACAAAACCGAGAGACCGACAAAGAAGUGUACUCUUAACUGGCUUUGUGUACUAUACGCGCGAGGCGAAGAGUGUUUUAAGCUUCUGCGUUCUUUUUAUUUUUUUUUUUUAACGCCAACGCGGCGCGAAUGGGCGAGGAAAAUAACGAUAGCUCGUGAUUUCUCGUACGACUUUUCGUUUAUUCUCGUUUUUUUAAUCAUCGCACCAACCACCUCUUGCCAUCUUCGCGAAUCCGAUCUCGCCCCUUGCAUUCACGUUUAUCUU